UUGAUCAAAACUGAAUGACUGAUGCAACAUUUGCCUGUGUAGUUUUUCCAUAAGUAAGUAAUUGUUGGUAUAUACUCACUGGCCACUGUAUUAAGAACACCUGUACUCAUUCAUGCAACUAUCCAAUUAGCCAAUAAUAUGGCAGCAACAAAAUGCAUAAAAUCAUACAGAUAUACUAUAGGACAAGAGCUUCAGUUAAAGUUCACAUUAAACAUCAGAACAGGGAAAAAUCAUCUCAGUGACUUUGACCUUAGCAUGGUUGUUGGUGCCAGACAGGCUGGUUUGAGUAUUUCAGAAAUUGCUGAUCUGAUUGUUGAAUGUCUUGCAGCCAGCCAGGAGUCCUUUACAUUUUAAUAAGAACACUGUCCAUGCACGGCAUACGCAAACAUAUCAGUACACAUCACAAACUUCUUAAACACACGGGUAACUCGUAAUUAACAUUAUAAUUACUUGUAAUUAUAAUUAACUUAAGCUAGCAAGUUGAACUUGUAUUUUUUGGCCAGGUGAGAAAAUAAACAAGUUACUCAGAACAAGAGCAAGAGGCUGUAGUCUGUCUACACCGAUUAGAGUUCACCUUUAUUCACUUGCCUUCCAGGUAGUCAACUAAUUUAACUUGUAAUGAGCUUAACUUUUCAGGAUACAAAUGUAGGAAUGCAAUUAGGCUAUGUGGAUAUUAACUGACAUGCAUGAGGUAUUUGCAUGAUCACAGAGAGAGAGACCACAUAUGAAUGCAGUAAGAAAAACACCUAUUGCAAUGAUAAAUAAAAAAGGCAGUUUAAUUUUCUGGUUCAAUCCUGUCUGUGUUAAGUUUCGGAACAUGUUCUCAGAGUGUCCUCACAUUUCCUCCAGGUUUUCUGCUCCUCCUACCUCCCAGAAAUAUAGCACUUGUUGGACUGACUAUGCUAAACUGUCCUUAUGUGUGUGGAGUGCCCUGCAACUGACUGUUUUCUCUUCAGGGUUUAUUCCCACAUAACCUCCAGUGUUCCUGGGAUAGGCUCUGGAUCCACUGCCACCCUGACCAGGAUAAAGUGGUUACUGAUGAUGAAUGAAUGAAUGAACGAAUGAAUGCUAGUAGAGGGAAUUUACUAAACUGGAACCUCAUGUUUCCAUAAAGCACUGUGAGGUAAACCAGUAGAGACAGUGUGACGCUUGGGGUACAAUUUUAACUACAGUAUUUUCUUUGUGGGGGGGGAUGGUGACUUAGUGGUUAGCAUGUUUGCCUCACACCUCCAGGGUUGGGGGUUCGAUUCCCACAUCUACGUGUGCAGAGCUUGCUUUCAGGGUUUCCUCCAGGUGCUCACGUUUCCUCCCCCAGUCCAAAGACAUGUGCUGUAGGCUGAUUGGCAUCUCUAAACUGCGUGUGUGUGUGCGUGUGUGUGUGUGUGUGCAACUGCCCCCUGUGAUGGAUUGGCACCCCGUCCAGAGUGUCCCCUGCCUUGUGCCCCGAGUCCCUAGGGAUAGGCUCCAGGUUCCCUGCUGAUGGAUGGAUGGAUGGAUGGAUGGAUGUGAUGCUUUUGGGUCCUGAUGCAUGUCGCUUUUUAUCCACUGAAUGGCGCUAUGUUCGAAACAAGACUCGGUACCACGCAAGUCGCGUCAUAUCCGGUUGAUCAUUGGGAUUUGUUUGUUUUUAUUUUUGCUAGGAGGAGAGUUUUCUGUGGCUGCACUGUUUUGGUCGGCGACAUCUCACAAGUCUGACAGUGCACGCCAAUGAAUGUCACUAGUAACGGAUCCAUUCACCGGUGAUGUUCAAGCGCCUAUGAGACAACACAAAGUGUUCCCAUUGAAAGUCGAUUAGCUGCCGGUGUUGGCUACCAUUGACAGCUCGCUAGCCAGCUUGCUAACACGAUUAAUGCAAACUAUAAAGCAAGCUGAAGAGCACAGCUAGCUAGCAGGCCAGCUGUCCACCUGGACCGGAGACGAGGAAGAGCUCUUGCUUGCUUGCUAGCUAGCUAGCUAACCAUCCCUCUGGUGUCCCUGCGAUAAUCAUCCGCCAGUGUUUCCGUGUCUUUCUGACAAUGGGAAACGCCGCUGCUGCCAAGAAAGGCAACGAAUUAGAAAGCGUGAAAGAAUUUUUAGCCAAAGCCAGAGAGGAGUUCUUGAGGAAAUGGGAGUGUCCACCACAGAGCACAACCUGCCUUGAUGACUUUGAAAGACUGAAAACUCUGGGCACUGGUUCUUUUGGAAGAGUUAUGUUAGUGAAACAUAAAGGAACAGAGCAAUACUACGCUAUGAAGAUCCUGGACAAGCAAAAAGUGGUGAAGCUGAAACAAAUAGAACACACGUUAAACGAGAAGAGAAUAUUGCAGGCCGUCUCUUUUCCAUUCCUCGUCAGAUUGGAAUACUCUUUCAAGGACAACUCAAACCUGUAUAUGGUUAUGGAGUAUGUCCCUGGUGGAGAGAUGUUCUCACACCUCAGACGAAUUGGAAGAUUCAGUGAGCACCAUGCCAGGUUCUAUGCAGCUCAGAUCGUGCUCACGUUUGAGUACCUCCACUCGCUAGACCUCAUCUAUAGAGACCUGAAGCCUGAGAACCUUCUCAUUGAUCAACAUGGAUACAUCCAGGUCACAGAUUUUGGCUUUGCUAAAAGAGUAAAAGGCAGAACUUGGACAUUAUGUGGCACACCAGAAUAUCUGGCUCCAGAGAUCAUCCUUAGCAAGGGCUACAAUAAAGCUGUGGAUUGGUGGGCUCUUGGUGUUCUGAUCUAUGAGAUGGCCGCAGGUUACCCACCCUUUUUUGCUGACCAGCCAAUCCAGAUAUAUGAGAAAAUUGUAUCUGGAAAGGUACGAUUCCCUUCUCACUUCAGUUCCGACCUGAAGGACUUGCUGAGAAAUCUUCUUCAGGUUGAUCUCACCAAACGCUUUGGCAAUCUAAAAAAUGGCGUCAAUGACAUAAAAAACCACAAGUGGUUUGCUACGACAGAUUGGAUCGCUAUUUAUGAAAGAAAGGUUGAGGCUCCCAUCAUACCAAAGUGCAGAGGCCCAGGUGACACGAGCAACUUCGAUGACUAUGAAGAGGAGGAGAUCCGGAUCUCAGACACGGAGAAGUGCGCUAAGGAGUUCAUGGAGUUUUAGUAGGACAAGAGUUCUCAAAGGGCUCUUACAUAUUGGGAUUUUUUUUUUCCUUUACUUUGCACUCCUUCAGAGGUGAGCGUGAAGCUCCGACCUUCAUGUGUGUUUAGACCGUUUCACAUUCCUUCAUUCCAUGAGGUUGCGAGAGAUUCAUGAGUGCCAUGAUCUCUGUGUGCGAUUUGCACCAAGCUGUAGAUGAAGUUCGGCACGAAAUGCAGUUUCUCUUUUGGGCUGCAACACAAAGCACCAGACACACUCUUAGUUUGUUUCUCUCUUUUUUUUUUUUUUUUAACUUAUGUUUCUAGCAUCGUUUUUGAAAAAUGUUGUUUUCUUCUUGUAAUUAUUUUUUUAACGGUAAUGAAUGAAGAGGCCACUUUUACUUGUGUUUAAGGAAAUUAUUACUAUUAGUCUGUGAUAAUGCACUUUUUUAAGGAUUGGUGCUGCUUGUUCUUGCCAGCAACAUAUUACAUCAGUUACGUGCUAAUUCAGUUCUUAAGCUUUAUGCUGUUCGUGACAUAUUCACUUCCCGCCUACGUAGAGUGAAUGUGUGUAUGCUUGUGCUUCACUGUGUGUGGGUGGGGUGUGUGUGUGUGUGUGUGUGUGUGUGUGAGAGAGAGAGAGAAUUUCAAAUGCCUACUGAAAGAGUAUUCUGAAAGAUUAUUAUUCAGAAUUAUUAUUCAGAAUUAUUAUUCAGAAUUAUUAUUCAGAAUUAUUAUUAUUAUUAUUAUUAUUAUAAUACAAAAUUCAUAAUAACAGCCAGAGCAGACAGUAGAAAAAUACAUAUUGAAAUGUUACAUCACUUUUUUUGUUUAAUUUUUUUGACGUAGUGAAGAUGCUCAUUACAUUUGUAAGAUUGGUACGCCAGCUAGGCCUGUCACGAUUAUAAAAUUUUAUAUUUGUCGUAUAGUAGUGUAAUUAUGACUAUGUAGUUGAUGGCAAAAAAAUUUGCAUCUUUCAAGGUUUUAGGAUGGAAAAGGGAAAUUUUUACUCAACUAAUUUAUCUACAAAUAAAUUAGAAUUGUCGUUAAAUUCUAAAAAUUUGGGUCUAUCCAGCAAUAAGAAAACAAUCUAAAAUGUAAGGAAUAUUCAAAAGAAAAAUAGUUUGAAAAGAACUUUCGAUACAAUCUAAAGUUAACAAUAUAUCACAUCUGUUAUAUAUAAAAUCUAUAUAAAGAAAAAAAUUACAAUUCAUUAUUUAACUUUUUUUGUUAAGUGUGAUGAUAAAGGUACGCACUAAAUGAUUUCAUUUUCUUUGGUUUCUUAUAAGGGGAUACAAACUUUUGCACUAUACUGUUUAUCGGCAUUUAUCAACAUUGACCGUAGAGUUUUUUCUCUGCCUUCUAGACCGAUUAGAAAAUUUGAGACAAACUACAAAUACUGAAAUAUAUAAAACUUAUUACUGAAAUACACAAGAAGGUACAAUAGCAAAAACUGUGGAAAUUAAUAAUGUACUAUUCUAUACUAAUCUUAAAUCUCUACACAUUUUAGCAAGUGUUAGUCUAUUUACACUAAAUAUUACACAACAAAACUAAGUUAAAGAUUUAAGGUUUAAAGCCUUUGACCGAGAAUAGUGACAAUGAUGCAGCGAUUUGAGUAGAUUAAUAAGCUCAUUAAGAAUAAUAAGCUGGUUAACUUCGGCUGACUACAUACAGUAUGGAAACAUGAUGGAAUUUAAGUUAUUUUAUACCACAGCACUGUUGAGUUCUUGAAGCUGAUUGAUCAGAAGGUGUUGAUUAAUUUACUAUAACAGCAGCUCUGAGAGUAAAUGCAGCUGUAAUUGAAAUGACAGGUUUACAGUGCAUUCAGAAAGUAUUCAGACCCCUUCAUUUUUUCACAUGUUAUAUUGCAGCCUUAUGAUAAAAUGCUUUAAAUUAUUUUUUUUCUACAUCAAUCCACACCCCAGCUCUGAGCUCUGAAGGCAGUUCCUUUGACCCCAUGGCUUGGUUUUUGCUCAGAGCUUAUAGAGACAGGUGUGUGUCUUUCCAAAUCACAUCCAAUCACUUGAAUUUGCCACAGGUGGACUCCAAUGAAAGUGUGGAAACAUCUCUAAGAUGAUCUGGAGAAAUGGGAUGCACCUGAGCUAAAUUUCAAGUGUCAAGGCAAAGGGACUGAAUAUUUAUGUCAAUGUGAUAUUUCAGGGUUUUUUUUUUUUUAAUAAAUUUGCAAAGUCAUCAGACAUCUGGUUUUUGCUUUGUCAUUAUGGAGUAUGGAGUGUAGACUGAUGUAAAAAAAAACAAUAAUAAAUAAAUAAAUAAAGCAUUUUAGCGAAAGGCUGCAACAUAAAAAAAAUGUCAAAAAAUGUAGGGGUUUGAAUACUUUCUGAAUGCACUGUAUAUUAAUGCACUCAUUCUAAUAUAUUACUAUUUCUAUUUCUAUAGUAACAACAUAUUCACAGGGACUUGUAUGAAGGAUGCACCACAAAAUCUAAGUCUAUUAAUAAACAGAUAAAUAAAAUGUGUUAUUAAUUAGCAGAGACAUAUAAUCGUUGAUAUGAUGCGGUUUUCUGUAAGGAAAUGUUUAAUGUUUAUUUAAGGAGUCUCAGGUAUCAGCGCUUUGUACCGGUCAAUAGGUUUUCCUCCAUGACAGAGUCUUCAGGACAAAGUACAGUUUUUUGAUAACAUGACAAGCUGUAUUUUUUUUUGUUGUUUCAUUAACUUCACGAGAGAGAAAAAGAGAGGCUGGGGAGGGAAUGACUAUUUAUAGUUGCUGUAAUGUACGUCAUAACAGAAACGUCUUUUGCAGAUAGUCCACAGUGUUAAAUGUAAUUAUAAACGUUUAAAAGUACAAUAUGUUGUUCUUCAAUAAAUUAGACAUUGUAAUCGUUGACAAAUUGCUGUAGUACAAGAGGAAUAAAACACUUGGCACAUUCUAUUAUAGGAAAAUAAUCAACUUGGUGGUAACAGUAAGUCCGUUUUGCACCGGGCCACAUUACACAACCACAUCACUGAUUAUUUUUUUAUAACAAGUGUUUUAUUCCGUAUUUAUCAUUCAUUCAUUUUCAGUAAGUUUAUUCUGGUCAGCGGAUCCAGAGCCUAUCCCAGGAAUACUCGAAUGUGAAGCAGGAAUACACUCUAGAUGAGACACACAGGACACACUUCUUUUUUUUUUAUCAGCUCAUAUACAGUAAUCUCAUGAUUAGGUCAUUAUGUAUAAUGUGACAGGCCUAACAACUGCAUGGAAAAGACAGGCUUUUCAUCUGGGACUCCACUUCCCCAGUUCACACUGUUACUCUUCAAGAAUAUCCUCAACUGUGUACUGUAUUUUGCUUCACGUUUUUUUUUUUUCUCAUCACCUUACAUUCCACGAAAUUUUAUUUCAUUCAUUCAGUCACGAGGAUCUUAGUUAGAGUGUGGCAUUUACAUUCAGCACAAAACAAUUAUUUUGCUGAUUGAACUGUGUUUAUCAUUUCAUAUGUCUGUUUCGCUUUGAAGUUUAUUUAUAAAUAUGUUAAAGAGAUGACUUAUACAUAUACUGUUCUAUUUGUUGAACCCUUCUGACUGACAUUUCUGGAAAAAAAAAAUGUCAUUCAAAGUUCUUACAUUUUUAGUGGAAGGCAGUGUUUUAUUUUAUUUGAAUGUUCAGCACUUGAUACUCCCAAAAAUAAUAUUUAAAAAAAUGAUUUAGUAUUUCACUCAUCAGUGUGGGCUCUAGUAUGCAAUGUCUGUGUAUUUAGUUUGUAUGAUAAUUUGCACAAUGUCAUUUAGAAAGCGCGCCCCUUUUCCCCUGCAUUAUUAGCCAUGUAUUUUUAAGGGAUGUGUCCACCUUUUCGCUGUAGCAUAUUUUAUGUAUUAAAUGAUAUGUCACUGUAACAAAUAAAGGAAAAUGCUUUGUA